AUGUUGCGCUCAUGUCCAGGCAUUUCACGCUCCCUGGGGCGCACCGUGGCCUCAUGUCGCUCCCUGCACACCUCAGCUGGGGCGUGGAACUACAAGAGUAACGUCAAUCUGCACAACAUCUAUCCCCAGAGUGACCUGGACAUCACCAAGCCUCAGGAGAUUCCCAAGACUGAGGGAAAUAACUUCUCAGGAUACAUUCCUAUGGACAAGGUGCAGUUGACCUACUCUCGCAGCAGUGGGCCGGGUGGCCAGAAUGUCAACAGGAUCAACACCAAAGUAGAUCUGCGCUUCCAUUUGGCAUCAGCUGAGUGGCUUUCCCCUGAACUGAAGGAAAAGUUGGCAACUAAGCAUAAAACAAGCAUCACUUCGAACGGCUUCCUGGUGAUCCGGUCAGACAAGACACGAUCCCAGCAACUGAACGUGGCUGAGGCGAUGGACAAGCUGCGUCACCUCAUCUACACAGCAGCCUUUGUCCCUCCACCACCUGCUGCCGAGGACAUAGAGCGUGCACGACGAAGACACGAGGCAUCAACGAGGGAGCGUUUGCGGCAGAAGAAGUCUCAUUCCAUCACCAAGCAAGGGCGGCGUGCACCUGAACUCAGCUAGCAAUGCAUUAUUACCUCCUGGAACACUUAUACGUAACUGGUGCCAGGUUUUCUUUGGGAUGGAAUUGAAAUACAAGUCAUGUGUAUCUACUUUUUUAUGAUAUGGAUUUAGUUUUCUAAUUUUUUUUCUAUCACAUGGUUAUAUAUGAAAGUUAAUUUUGGAGUUGAUUUAAGCAAUUUUUUUUCCAGUUCUAUCUUUUUAUUGUUUAUGAGAAUGGAUUCUAUGAGUCCCAUAUUCCAAUCUUGUAUAAAUUUUUUAUAUAUGUUAAUUUAAAAAUGUAUAUUGUCAGGCUAGUAUUUAGAAAUUAAUUGUAGAGUGAGAGAGGGUCAGUAGAAGUAAAGAACAUGAAAUUUAGGAAUCAAAGGAAA